AUGGAGACCCAUUCUACUAGCGAUAGCCAGAUUGACAGUGCAGAAUAUUUAGCCUCGAGUUCAGAAGAAAGACAUCUAUCUUCUUGCGGCCGGCCUUCACACUCUUCUCACUCCACCGAUUCUAUUCCAUCCCAAGAGAAUAACAACUCUCCUAAAACAGAUAUCGAUGCUCGCUACUCUAUUCCACCAAGAUUCGCACCAGCAACGGCUCGAGCCAACUCUAGCGUCAGCAGCUCUACCUACAAUAAUGUUCAAACGAACUACCAAGAUCAAUCUCAAUCGCGAAAUAAGAGUAGCGUCGUUAUAAAAGUAGGAAUGGUUGGAGAUGCCCAAAUCGGAAAAACCUCAUUGAUGGUUAAAUAUGUCGAAGGAUCAUGGGAUGAGGAUUAUAUUCAGACGCUUGGAGUAAAUUUUAUGGAGAAAACUAUCAGUAUUCGAAAUACCGAAAUAACUUUCUCUAUAUGGGAUCUUGGGGGUCAGAGGGAGUUUGUCAACAUGUUACCCCUUGUGUGCAACGACGCCGUAGCCAUACUUUUUAUGUUUGAUCUCACGCGAAAAAGCACUUUGAACAGUAUCAAGGAAUGGUAUCGUCAAGGACGUGGUUUCAAUAAGACUGCAAUUCCGUUCUUAGUAGGGACUAAAUAUGACCACUUUGUAAACUUUCCAAGGGAAGACCAGGAAGAAAUUUCUACUCAGGCACGCCGAUUUGCCAAAGCUAUGCGAGCGUCCCUUAUAUUUUCAAGCACAAGUCAUUCAAUAAACGUACAAAAGAUUUUUAAAAUUGUACUAUCCAAAGCUUUUGAUCUCAAAUGUACAAUACCAGAGAUAGAAAACGUUGGUGAGCCGCUUCUGCUUUAUCAAACGAUAGGAUAG